GGAAGUGGCUCUGCUGCAGAGGAAGUCUUGAUUCUACGAAUAGGACCAUCCUCUCUUUCUUCUUCGUUUAUUUAAGCCGUUAAGGUGGCGGCUUGGUAUGUCAUCAUCAUCAUAGUCUUGCUACUUCCUUUAUACCACAAUGGGAAAACACUCUAAUUCUUCUUCCUCUUCCAUCAGCAGUAGCAGCAACCACCACCACCUUCUCAUUUCCACUGCAUCCUCUCUCACACAAGAGCUUCCCACUGAUCUUAGUCUUGGACUCAGCAUUUCCGCCGCUCACCAUGGUGGUUCUUCUAUUUCAAGGGGGCAUUGGCAACAACCACAGCACCCUCUUGUGAACAUUUCGCAAGCGGCUGAAGCUAAUGAUUGCAACGACCAUAGCAGCUUCUUUGUGAAGGUCUACAUGGAAGGCAUUCCAAUAGGAAGGAAACUCAAUAUACUUGCUCAUGGAAGCUAUUAUGAGUUAGUGAAGAGUCUUGAACACAUGUUCGACACUACCAUUCUUUGGGGGACAGAGAUGAAUGGAGUGCAACCCGAGAGAUGCCAUGUACUAACAUACGAAGAUGAAGAAGGGGAUUUGGUCAUGGUUGGAGAUGUUCCUUGGGAGAUGUUCUUAUCCACAGUAAAGAGAUUGAAGAUCACGAGGGUAGACACAUUCGGGUGUUAAGUGUGCAGACACUUGCGGAGAUUUCCAAUUUUGUCCUCUAGAGUGAGACUCUACUGUGGUGGCUGAUCAGAAACUUUAGAAAAUCUUACUUUAAUUAGCGAAGCAUGCACAGAUAGAUGUAUAUGCAUAGCUCACUCUGCUCUUUCUUGGAAGAUAAUGGAAAAGAAUAGUGUUGUACAUUCUAAUCCCUUCCGGGCUACUACUUUUGUUUCCUUUCUACAACUCAAUUUCUAAUUCACCAUUAGCAUUUUCCCUCAAUUUUCAAGACAGACGCCAAAUGAAAGAAAAAUAGUAAUAUUAAUAUGUUGGGUAAAUGAAACUAUGCUCUAUGCCAGAGUCUUUCUGGUUUUUGACUGCAAACAGAGUAAUGU